GCGACAGUGAAUGGAGGGAGCGACCGAUGCGACAGUUGAUAGUGCCAGUGAAGAUAUUUCCACUUCGUUUUUAGCACUUGAAUUUGACCGUACAACAAAAAAGAAACGUGCUCCUACUCAGGCUUCUACUCAACCAAGUAGCUGGCUUUUACGUCUGUUUGAAAGCGACUUUUUUGAUGCCCGUUUAGCCUUGUCAUAUCUGCAUCGACAUUCUGAAUCUGUUGGUAUCCAUCAUUAUAUUUGUGAUGCGCUUCGCAAGUUUCCUGAAAAUGAUAUCGAGUUUCUGUUGCCACAACUCUGUCAUAUGGCCAUUACCAGACCAAGUCAAUCUGUAGCACUCGAGGCAUUUCUGGCAGAUUUAUGUCGAUCCUCUCAACAUAUGGCUGUAAUUACAUUGUGGAUUUUGGAUGCUUAUUUAAAAGAUAUGCAAUUACAUAAUGUACAGAAUGCUUCUUUUCGACACUGCCAGCGAAUGUACCAUACCUGUCAAACUAUUAUUUUUGAUGAUACACCUGUUUCUCCAGUUGCCACUACUAGUACAGAGUCGAAUGCAGGAUUGGACAGUGCCGUUUUUUCCAAAACUGUAGAAUUAUCUUUAGAUUCAUCCAAUGAAAUAACUGCACAAGCGUCCAAUGAUAUUUGUCAGGCAGAUGACAGCCCAACUCAGAUGGAAUUUCCAACUAUUUCUACCAAUCAAGACACCGAGGAUAAAUUUGCUGCUACUACCACAGCACCUUCAACUCGACUGAUUCCAGCAUGGCCUUCAUUUGGACGCAUUUAUUCUCAUAUUCCCCCAUCCAUUGUUGGCAUGGGAGUUAUUCUUGCUGGGUUUGGUAACCCAACCGUUUUCAAAGCAUCAUCUAGAAUGAUUCUCACUCAGGCACGAUAUCCUCGUACCAUUGAUGUGAUUGAAGACCCCGAUGCAGAUAUUCUUGAAAAUGACAACUCAUCAACAGUAUCAUUUGAAGACGAAGAUUCCACAAAGGCUUCAUUGGGUCACAAAAGUCCACAGCAUUAUAAUAUUUUACCUGCGUUUUUAAAUCUCAAGCUACUUACACGGAUACCCACCAGUUCACCCUCAUUAGAUGAACUUUCCAAAGGAUCUGCAUUUUCGUUUACAAACUUUGUACGCAAAACUACAGGGUUGGUUGCUGCAUCAAUCAGUGGCAGCUCUAUUCAUUGCCCACCAGAGUUUGCCGAAACUGCAAACUUGAACGAUCAAAUACGCAAUAUCCAAGGAUCUACCACAUCACCAAUUUAUGCAUCAUCAGCGCCAACUAAUACCUUUGCCAAUCGGCGAGUUUCUACCAUGUCUACAGACAGCAACACAACAGCAUUAGCUCUUCGCGAUCAAUCACAUUUGAUAUCGUCACAUUACUUUCAUUCUGAAAUUCAGUUCAUUAUGACUCUUGUAGAUAUUUCCGACAGACUUCGAGCAGUUCCAAAAUCAGCACGACAGAGCAUGCUUGUUGCAGAACUCACACUUCUCAACCAUAAUCUUCCUGCAGAUGUGUGCAUUCCAUUUUGGUGUCCGUCUGACUCGCAGCAUCCGAUGCAUCAUCGUGUUGUGCGAGUCAGUCCUGCAGAUGCUGUGGUAUUGAAUUCAGCCGAUCGCGUUCCAUAUUUAAUGAUGAUUGAAGUUGUGUCAACCAAUCAUCGCAUCAUGACUCGUAAAGCUGUCAGGCAGUUGGCUGAUGAAAAUGGAGGUCACAGUUCAAGAAGAGUGUCAUCUCUAAGCGAUCUUCAUGGAGAUCAAAUCGACAAUACAGAUCAAUUGUCUUUAUCGAAUGCCAGUUCAGCGGAAUACUAUCGUGAAGUGCUUGACCGACGUCAAUCCUUUUCUAAAGCCAUUAAACAGCCUACUGUUUUAAAACCAUUAACGAGUGCAAACAGUCGCUCUGCAGAUAUAACAGCUCAAUCUUCACACUAUAUCAAUUCUGCGUCUACAAUGAGUGCAAACUCUUUAUUUAAUUCUCCAGGCAGUCAAAGCGGAACAAGUAGAAUGACCCAUCUGUCAUAUAAUCCACCUGUCCAAAGCGCAAGAGGCACUGGAAGACAGAUGAGCAUGUCAGCUAUAGGCGGAGAUGAGUUUUCUGAACGGAUGCGAACGGCUGCAGUCAUGUUGGCUCAAUUAUAUCAACAACAACAAAAGGACUCUACUGUGCAUCCACCGUCUAGGUCUAAUACAGUGAGUAAUGGCUCGUAUAGUACAGUUUCUGGAACAGGGGAUGUGUAUUCACCACGUCAAAGGCAUAUAUCUGAGCAAGGAACGCUAGCAAAUGUUACUACCACUCAUGGUCACGUACGGGGACAAUCUCCAAAUAGAGGUGGCCAACUAUUUCGGUCAAUUAGUAGUGGUGGUGUUCCACAGUCCACCGACCGACGCACCCAUAACACCAUGCGUAACGAUUUUGAAGCAAUCCGUGGUCGUGUGAUUAAAGAAAUGAUGGCUUUGGAACAGCAGCGUAUGGAAGCUCUUGCUCUGCAGUUUGAGCAAGAAUAUCCUACCAGCGAUGUACAAUCUUCCCACGACUUUAACAACGGCGAUACUAAACACAACGAGGCUGCAUCGCCUAGUGCUAUUGUGUCUGCUGCUGCAUCAACCAGUAGUCUCGGAAAAAGAUAUUCAGUUGUGAGUGGAGUGGAGGAGAUUUUACCGGCCAAGCAAGAACAACGACUUCGCACUGAUUCAUUAAAAAAAGACUUGGAUGAUCCAAGCGCAUCAGUCUUUCGUGAGCCGUGGCGUAUCAAAAAAGAGCGUAUUCGACUGGCAUCUCCAUUUGGUCGUCACCCUAAUUGGGAUCUUAUUUCGGUGAUUGUCAAGUCUGGAGCAGAUCUUCGACAGGAGAAACUUGCCUUGCAACUGAUUUCCGAAAUGCAGCAUAUUUGGAGCGAAAAUCAUGUUUCCGUCUGGGUGUAUAGCUUUAGAAUGCUAAUCACCUCUGAACAGAGUGGGCUAGUGGAGACUAUCCGUGAUGCCAUUUCGAUCCAUUCAAUCAAAAAGGAGGGCUAUGCACGCAAUCUAAACCAACAGGGAAUUGCCUUUACUCUAUAUGACUAUUUCAUCAAGGAGUUUGGACAUCCUGGAUGUGAUAAUUUCCAACGAGCCCAAGACAACUUUAUGCGUAGUUUGGCAGGCUACUCCAUCAUCUGCUAUCUCUUGCAAAUCAAGGAUAGUCCCGGGUCGGUUGGAUUUGAGUUGGCACCAUUUAAGCUUCCGCAAGAAUAUUUGGACAUUCUUGGUGGGAUUCGAUCACGUAAAUUUGGCGAGUUUCGAGCAUUAGUCAAGGAAGCUUUCUUGGCCUUGCGGAAAUCUGCCGAUUCAAUCCUGUGCCUGGUUGAGAUUAUGGAAAAAGAUUCAUUGUUGCCGUGCUUUACUGGUGUCACGCCAAAACCUUCAUCGAUGCCUGCAACAUCUGCUUUAUCUUCUGUCUCAAUGUCCAAUGGAAUCAGCAUGUCUUCAACACCUGGUGUCAGUGGAAUACCUACAUCUAUUCUCUCACACUCUCCAUCUGCCAGUCCUGCUGGCGUACCACCAGCGCGUACGUUGAACGAUGGAGCACAUUUACCCAACACAAAGUAUCCAGUUUCCGAAGCAUUACGAGAUCGUUUCCAACUCGUCAUGACUGAAGCUCAGGUUGGCGAAUUUGUCGAUCGCUUGAUUGACAGCAGCUGCAACAAUAUGUUUACAAAGUUGUAUGAUUCAUUUCAGAAUGCGUGGCCAAGCUUUGUUCUAGACUAUUGUUUAAAUAUAUUCCAAUUUAUUUUUGGGAAAGCUGUGCGUAUGAACCACUUAUACACCAUAUCACAAGUUAUCGAAUCCUAG